AUGGCGCCAGACAGCUCCACCGCCCUGCGCUCGUCCAUCCAGCCGCAUCCGUCAUCGAUAUGCAGCUGCACCAUGCCGCCAAAACUCGUCGUCAUCUAUGCGGUAGAUACAACACCGCACCACCUGGCAACCUCCACACCGUCGCCACUGCUGGAGGUACUCGGAGCCCACCAUCCACAGCAUCUCUCCCCCGAACAGCAAGUCCUCCCAAGACAGCGCCUGCAUGGAGGAUACGACGCACGGGACGUCGCCACCGCCCAAUCCAGACUGAAUUUUGCACUUUCGUCCGGGAGGGGUUCGGAGGUGGAUAGGAGAGACCUCGGCUUCACCUCCACGGAGGGUAACGGCGUCGAGUGA